AUGCUUGUCUCGUCUCUUAUGCCUCCAUCAUUUGGCUAUCCUGAACCUUCGAACUACAUCUUUUUUCAGAACAUGCAAAAUAUCACUCUAGCUCUUCUUGUGUUCGCCGUAGCUGUCAGUGCUUUCAACGUCCGAAAGAACUUUGGCGAUGAUGAACUGUUAGUCCGAGUAACUAGAAGUAAUUCCUCGGAAUCAAAUGAAGGUGAAGAGCUCAAGCAAAUCAAGAAAACAGUAGAGGUUGAAGGAUCAGGCGAAGAAAGACCACUUCACGUCCAUGAUGUCCAUCGCCUGAAACGUAGCGCUAACGAUUCCUCAUCGUCCGAAGAGGAGAAGGAGAAGAAGGUCACGCUUGAAACUACCACUGAAGGAUCAGGAGAAAUCGUCACCGCACAAGUCCGAGAAGCACGGGAAGCCGAAGAAGAGUCUUCCGGAGAGGCUCCAAGUACAACUAUCUCCUCGGUUGCAGAAGCCAUCAUUGCUUCCGCCGAAAAGAACCAGACAGAGGCCGUAGUAGUGAAGAAGGAAUCGUCAGAAGAAUCAAAAGAGGAAAAGAAAGUAGAAGACCUGAGCGGUGUUAAGCGCAUGAAGCGAGCUGCCGAUAAGUCCUCAUCAUCCGAAGAGGAGAAGGAAAAGAAGGCCACAAGUGAAUCGACCACUGAAGGAUCAGGACUACUGAGCGAGUUUUCUACAACAACACCACUUCGACUUGAACGCGAUGUCGACAUCAAGAGCGGGGAGUCAUCUGGAGAGGCUCCACUAAACGCAACAGUUGUCGCAGAGGAGAAAGAGGGACUUCUCCGAAAUAUGCGUGAGGUUGAAGGAUCCGGUGCUGAUGUCUAA